AGAUCUGUAAAAAAUGAAGCAAGUAAAAGCCGAAAUUGUGGAUUUGGAGUACGAAGAAGCUGAAAAGUGGCAAGAGCAGGAGGACGAUGAAGAUGCUCUGAUGAUUGCUCGAAAAAUAAAACAAGAAUUUGACGAAGCAAAUACCCCUUCACCAGCUCCACCACCAACGCACAUUGUGAGAGAACGACUACGUCAAGUGGAAGUCGAGCGACCUUCUGCCCCAAUUGUUUUCGAUCAUUUCAUUUGUAUGCGCAUUGGAUUAAAUUCUAAAAACAAUGUUCAGAGGCUGAUGGCUCUUUUGACUGCCCAUGAAUUUGUUGACCUUACUGUGCUGCCAGGACCGUCAAUGAUACCGCCUCCUCUACCUCAAAUGAUCCCGAUGGGAAUCCCACGUCACAAUUCUGUUCCACCAACCCGUUUUAUAGGGGCAUGCCAACAAGAGGCAUCCACUUCGAAUGGAGCACCGCAUGAAAUAAUUAACAUGGAUUCACAUAUAAGAAUGACGCCACAGUUCCCAAGUGCCAAAGCAAAACGGAGUAUGGUCAGAAAAUUGGCGCAAAAGCCGAUUAUCAGAUCCAUGACAUCAACAGAAUGCGGUAUAUUUCCGAUAAAUAUGCAGUGCAGGAAGUGUGAUGAAAUACUACCAAAAGGGUCACACGGAUCGAGUGCCUUGAAUCAUGUGCAGAAAAACCAUCUGAAAAUGGCAGCAUUUCAGUGCAGAAUAUGUAAACAUUACCGGACAACACAAGAACGAAUACAAUCUCAUGUGACAACAGUACAUAAGGCAAAAUCCACAAAGUUCGACUCAUCAUUAGCCGGGCCGUUAUCAGCUGAAGACAUGAAGAAAAUGGAAGAAAUGAUUACUUAUUGCUUCCCAAGACUGAAAAUGGAACUUCAAGUAACUGAUCGCCUUAUUGCAAAAACUAUGGAAGUGGAUCUCAGCGGAAACAAAUAAACAUAUGCAAUUCAAUAUAAUAAACUAAUUCAUUCUUUAAAUUUUAUUCUUAUAAUUUUUCAUCAGAUUUCUCGAUUAGAACUUUGAAAAAGUACAAAAUCUCUAGUCCAACUUGUUUGCUUUGUCACGCUUUGUUUAAAUAAAAAUGAAGAAAAUUAACGAUA